AGGGGGAGGGAGAGAGAGAGAGAGAGGCUUCCCUCGCUCCUCCAGAGCAGAGUUUGGUCUGAGCUCAGCAGGAUCGGCUCAUGUAGCAGCUGAAUCUCCAGAUCUCCUCCUCCAGCUUCAGUCCUUCAGUCUUCAGUCAUGAACGAUAUUAAACUAGCUCUGCUGGGCAGCGAGGGAGCGGGAAAAUCAGCGGUUCUGGUGAGAUUCCUGACCAGACGCUUCAUCGGGGAAUACGCUUCCAACUCCAAUUCUUUAUACCGUAAAAGGCUCUCCAUCGAUGGCAGGCAGCUGAACCUGGAGGUCUUUGAUCCGUGCUCGCAGAGCGGCGAGAGCAGAUGUAUUCUGGAGGAGCCGGUGGACUGGGCCGACGGGUUCGUGGUGGUGUACACCAUCGGCGACCGCCUGUCCUUCCUCAACGCCAAGAACAUCCUGCACCAGAUCAAAGAGAACCGCAGAGAGACCUGCAAGGGUGAUACGGAUGUGCCCAUUUGCCUGGUGGGUAAUAAGCAGGAUCUGUGCCACAGUCGGCAGGUGACGGAGGACGAGGGCCGGACGCUGGCGCUGGAGCACAAGUGUCUGUUCCAGGAGGUUUCAGCCGCCGAGAGCUACCUGGACAUCGCUAACCUCUUCACCAAACUCAUCCGUCACGUGAUGGAGCAGAACAAGUACCGAUCAGACCGCAGACGCUACAGCGGAUCUAAGUCCAUGGCCAAACUCAUCAACAAUGUUUUCGGAAAGCGCAGGAAGUCUGUCUGAGCUCAGAGCUUAAAACUAACCGACGAAAGACUCGGCAGAGCAACGAACCCGAACACUAACGCAGUUCCCUUUGAUCCUGAUCUGUUUUGGACAUUUCUUUGUGGGCAAACAGCAAAAAACAGUAAUCCGAAAUCAGAAACGAGUCUGAUGCAGGAAAUGCACUAAAGGGAAACUUAUUUAAUUGCUAACGCUUAUUUUACCUGUUCUACACUACAGGAUAAUCACAAAGAGUCCCUUGAUUUCAGGUUGAUGGAAAACGAUGAUCUUCCAGAUGAUCCUGAAGUGGAUGGAGUCAAACUUUACCUCCAUAUAUCUGUAUCUAUAUGUGUAUAUAGCUGUAUAUAACUUCUCUCUUACCAAUAUAAAUAAGUGUUUUCUUUUAAAAUAACUGUAUAGCUAAACUAUAUAGAUAUACAAAGCUCUGAAAAAAAUAAAGAGACCACUUUCAUUUUUGCUAUUUAUAGGUAUAUAUUUGAGUAAAAGUAACAUUAUUGUUUCAUUCUAUAAACUACAGACAACAUUUCUCCCAAAUUCCAAAUAAAAAUAUUAAAAUAUUUGAAAUGAGAAAUGGCCGAAAUAACAAAAAAAGAUGCAGAGCUUUCAGACCUCAAAUAAUGCAAAGAAAACAAGUUCAUAUUCAUAAAGUUUUAAGAGUUCAGAAAUAAUCAAUAUUUGGUGGAAUAUCCCUGAGUGGUUUUUAAUCACAGUUUAAUUUCAUGCAUCUUGGCAUCAUGUUCUCCUCCACCAGUCUUACACACUGCUUUUGGAUAACUUUAUGCUGCUUUACUCCUGGUGCAAAAAUUCAAGCAGUUCAGUUUGGUGGUUUGAUGGUUUGUGAUCAUCCAUCUUCCUCUUGAUUAUAUUCCAGAGGUUUUUAAUUUGAUAAAAUCAAAGAAACUCAUCAUUUUUAAGUUCUCUGGACUCUAGAGCAGUGGAGGCGUGUUCUCUGGAGUGACCAAUCACACUUCUCCAUCCGGUAAUCUGAUGGAUGAGUCUGUGAGGGUUUGGCGGUUGCCAGAAGAACAAAGAACAGUGCUUGUCUGACUGCAUUGUGCUGAGUGUAAAGUUUGGUAGAGGGGGGAUCAUUAUGAUUAUGGUGUGGGGUUGUUUUUCAGGAUUUGGGCUCAUGGCCCCUUAGUUCCAGUGAAAGGAACUCUUAUGGCUUCAUCAGACCAAGAGAUUUUGGACAAUUUUAUUCUCCCAGCUUUGUUUAAACAGUUUGGGGACGGUAACUUCCUGUUUCAACAUCACUACUGCACACUAGUGCACAAAGAAAGCUCCAUAAAGACGUGGAUGAGAUGGUGAGUUUGGUGUGAAGGAAGAACUUGACUGGUCUGCACAGAGCCUUUGGGAUGAAUUAGAGUGAAAACUGUGAGCCAGAUCUUCUCGUCCAACAUCAGUGUUUGAUUAUUUCCCAUAAACACACUACUAAACCUUGUAGAAAGCCUUCCGCAAAGAAGUUGAAGCUGUUAUAGUUGUAAAAAGUUAUUAAAUCAUAGUAAACCCUAUGGAUUAAGACUGGGAUGCCACUCAAAUUUAUAUGCCUGCACUCUAAGAAAAGUAAGUACAGAUUUGUACUUAAAAGAGUACAAAGCUUGUCGCUGGGGCUGUACCUUAUAUUGAGGUACAAAAAAGUACCUUUCCAUGAAAGUCCUUUUUUGUACCCAUGGUUUUUGUGCCAGUAAAGAUUAUAAAGAUUAUAAACAUUAUCAUCAACUAAAUAUGGCUCAAAAACUUGAUGAUGCAAAAUUGUCUGGCUUUCAAAUAAAAAAUGUGCAAUUAAAAUAUAUAUUGUUUAUUAGUACAGUGAUGCAGAACACUGAAUGUACCUUUUGUCUAGUCAAAUGGUACAAAUUUGUACUUAUUGCUGUUAAAAAUGACUUUGUACUUCAGAGGGAACAAAUCUGACCCUGUAAAGACCAAUAUUGUACCUUUAAGGGUACAAUUAUAAAGAGUGUACCUUUGAGUACAAAAAAGUACUCAUAUCGUACCUCUGUUUUUUAGAGUGUGUAAAGGCAGAUGAGUGAAUACUUUUUGCAAUAUAUUGUAUACUGUACAUUAUGUCUUCUUAUGUGUGCAAUGUAUAUAGUUGCUGUUUAUGGAGGCAAGUGUUUUUUUGAGGGAAGAUGGUGUAGAGGGGGGGGGGAGUUUUAUGAUUAAUAACAAAAU